AUGAAGGUCCAUUUCUCGGCGAAGCUGCUCUCCGGCCCGGUGCCGGUCUACUUGCUGGCGCUGGCCGUCCUCUUCCUCCUCACCCACGCGCACUACAUGGGGCACGUCGGCGUCGGCGUGCCGCCCACCGCCAAGCUGGAGGAGCCGGCGGUGAGCGUGAUGAGGCACUGCGACAUCUUCCGCGGCGAGUGGGUGCCGGACACGGCGGCGCCCGCCUACAGCCACAAGACGUGCGGCAUGAUCCAGGAGCACCAGAACUGCCUCAAGUACGGCCGCCCUGACCUCGGCUUCCUCAAAUGGCGGUGGAGGCCGUCGGACUGCGAGCUGCCGCGGUUCGACCCGGCGCAGUUCCUGCGAUUCGCCCGCCACAGGUCGCUCGCCUUCGUGGGGGACUCCCUGGCUCGCAACCACAUGCAGUCGCUGCUCUGCCUCCUCGCGCAGGUCGCGUCUCCCAAGGACGUAUCGCCGGAUCCAUCGGACCAGCAGAACAAGGUGUACCACUACAGGGCGUACAACUUCACCGUCGCCAUGUUCUGGUCGCCGUUCCUGGUGCGGGCGCGGGAGCCCGCCCAUGACGACCCCGCGCACACCGCCCACUACAGCCUCUACCUGGACGAGCCGGACGACAGGUGGGUGUCCCAGGUCCCCAGGUUCGACUACGUGCUGCUCUCCGCCGCCAACUGGUUCUCCCGCCCGUCGCUCUUCUACGAGAAGCGCCGCCUCGUCGGAUGCAGCUUCUGCAGCCGCCAGUACGGCGUGCCGGACCUGACCCUGCACUACUCGCACCGCAAGGCCUGGCGCGUGGCGCUGCAGGCGAUCAACGCCCUGGACAACGUCACGGGGCGGGUCAUCGUGCGCACGCUGUCGCCCAUGUCGCACUUCGACAACGGGACCUGGGACCAGGGCGGCGACUGCAGGCGGACGGAGCCGCUCCGGAGCAACCAGACCUCCAUGAUGGACGGCCGGGGCCCCGACCACCGGUUCUACGCGGCGCAGAUGGAGGAGUACCGGGCGGCGGAGAAGGCCGCGCGGGCCAAGGGGACGAUGCGGCUCAUGCUCAUGGACGCCACCGCCGCGAUGCUCAUGCGGCCGGACGGACACCCCAGCCGCUACGGCCACCGCCCCGGCGACAAGGUGCAGCUCUACAACGACUGCGUGCACUGGUGCCUGCCAGGGCCCAUUGACAUCUGGAACGACAUGCUAUUCCAGAUGAUCCUCGUCUAG